AUGAGAAAGUUAUGCUUUGGCCUAAUAUUAUUUCUGGCAAUUGUGAGUUUGUCCAAUUGUACUCAAGUAGAUAAGACUAUCAAUUUCAAGGGAGAUUUGGUAUCAAAGGAGCCAAUAAUUUCAGUGAAAUCUGAACCGCAGGAUUUUGAAAACAAUUUAGAAAUUUGCAAACUAUGUGGUUGCGAUUCCAUAAAAGAAACUACUAUAGAAGAAAGUUUUAAGUCCUAUACAUGCAGUAAUUGUAAUAACACAAAACUUCAAGAGGGUGACUGCAUUUUCCAAGGAGCAACUAAUGAAGACAACGAUAACAAGAUUGAGCUAAUUAGUGGUCUAGAAACUUCAACAUAUGAAAACUAUAAAACUUUGUUUUUUGGAAAAUCUGACUCUUUAAUUAGCAGAAAAAAUAGAAAUCAUCUAUUGGCUCGUAUUUUUGAACCAGAAUUCAUAUGGGAAAGGUUUUCUCAUGGAGGUAUUAAAGAUAACUGUAAAGUAUAUAGGGAUAAGGAACACGGUUCUGGCCAUUUUAAGUUAAGAUAUACUUAUUCAUUGCAUGGUGACCAGAAUUGUACACGGCUUUUGCUUCAUUUCGUGAAUAAGCAUUCUGGGAGCACUUUACAUAAGAAUUUACGUCCAUUCAUAGAAGUAGAUGGUAAUGAUCACUCUAAUUCAAUGAUGGUUUUUAGACAUGAUGAUGUAAGAGUUGGAGUAGAUUCCUUCGAGAAAAUUCAUCUCCAUCAGGAAUUUAAUAUUACAUCCUACGAUUUACCUCCAAAAUUUGUAUUUAGUAAUGAACAACAAGAAUGGGUACCGGCAGGUAUCCAAAAUCCACAAGCAAUAAUCAAUCCUAAAAUUAUUCAUGAUAGGUUAUUAUUAAUAUUUCAGCUAGUAAAUACCCAAACAAGCUCAACUCCUAUUUGCAAACUCGAAAAUAUUAAAGUAAAAGUUGUUAUUCAAUGCAGAUCUAUAGCUUUCCCACCAAAUCCAAAGUACAGUAGAGAAUUUGUUGAGAAUAGACUUAAGAAAAUACAUUCCAAGCAUAAUGACAAGAACUUUAAGCUGUUUUUGGAAAAGCUUGAAGAAAAACUAGUACAUGUGCUUAGCUCAAUUCCUAAUGCUCUACUUUCUUCCAAUAAUAAUGAGUUAAGCCCCAACACUCUCUUGAGUACCCUUUCAAUUCCGUGCAAAGAAGCCCUAUAUUUUGGCGACGUACCAAUUCUAAUGUCUAUCUUUAAUUUUACCUCCAAGCUUAGUGAACAUGCCAAGUCAAGCUCUUAUAUAAUGUCAACGCAUAUCAUUGAGGAUAACGAGGAAAAUAAACUAUUGAAUGAAAUUGAAAAUACAUUAAACACUAAUUAA